CCCUAUGAAAGAGAACCACAUGGAUAAAGCGAAAAGGCAGAAGGGAGGGCUGGAUAUUGGCAGCGGGCAGACACCUCCUAUUCCCCUGACACUGACGGUAUAGUGACAGCAGCUGCCGCCCAGUCUCGGGUGCCCCUCGGAAGCCCCGCCCCCGACUCCCCGGCUCCUCCAUAGACUCAGCACAACAUGGACCUGUUCGGGGACCUGCGGAGGAUGAAUAAGAGGCAGCUCUACUACCAGGUUCUGAAUUUUGCCAUGAUAGUAUCGUCAGCUCUUAUGAUAUGGAAAGGCCUUAUUGUGGUGACCGGAAGCGAGAGCCCAAUUGUCGUCGUGCUGAGUGGUAGCAUGGAGCCAGCUUUCCAUCGGGGGGAUCUGCUUUUCCUGACGAACUUCCAGGAAGACCCUAUUCGCGCAGGAGAAAUUGUAGUGUUUAAAGUGGAAGGCAGAGACAUCCCCAUAGUUCACAGAGUCAUCAAAGUGCACGAAAAGGAAAAUGGUGAUAUCAAAUUCCUCACUAAAGGAGAUAACAAUGAAGUCGAUGACAGAGGAUUAUACAAGGAAGGGCAAAAUUGGCUGGAAAAGAAAGAUGUUGUGGGGAGAGCGAGGGGGUUUUUGCCAUAUGUUGGUAUGGUUACUAUCAUUAUGAACGAUUACCCAAAAUUUAAGUAUGCAGUUUUGGCCAUAAUGGGCGCCUUUGUACUUUUAAAGCGUGAAUCCUAACACUGGAAAAAGGCACAAGAAUAAUAAAGACAUCAUUCAGACUAAUAUAACUAAUAUAUAUCUUAUAAUCUUCUCCAAAAUUAACAUAAAAUACCUGGGAACUGUUCUGAUGUACAAAAACUCAUGUUCUUCAUUUUAGCUAUUUAUUCAGGUAACAGUUUCAGUUGACACUUUAUAAAACAAUGUAAAAUGUUUUUCUUACAAUAUGACCUAAUAAAACCAACAAAUAACA